AGUGCGGUGGCGCAUGCGCAGUGGCGGCCGGCUGGAGUGGCAAGUUGUUUGUUCCAGUGUAGCAGCAGCUGCUCUCUCUCUGCACUCUGGAGGAGCUGCCGCUGCUGCUGUUCCAUCCAGUCUUCCUGACCUGAACUCAUUCUCCUACUAAUCCCCCUCUUUCCUUCUAUCUCCUGCCCCUUCUGCUCUCUCACCGAGCUCCUCAGCAGGCAGGGGGGCUGCAAGUCAAACAACAAUAUUCCCUAUAGAUGAUCUACAAAUGAGAAGAAGAAAACGAUGGAACUGCAUAUUCUAGAACACAGGCUAAAAGUGGCCAGCAUAGCCAAGGAGAACAUCCAGUUCUUCACCUAUGGAUUAAUCAAACUUGCUUUUUUGUCAUCCAAAACCAGCUGCAAGUUUUUCAGUCUUACAGAAACUCCAGAAGAUUAUACCAUAAUUGUGGAUGAAGAAGGUUUUUUAGAACUCCCAUCCUCCGAACAUCUAAGUGUAGCAGAUGCAACAUGGCUCGCCCUUAAUGUGGUCUCAGGGGGUGGAAUUUCAUCCAGCUCUCAACCUAUUGGAGUAACCAAAAUAGCUAAAUCAGUCAUUGCACCACUGGCGGAUCAGAACAUCUCUGUGUUUAUGUUAUCCACCUAUCAAACAGACUUUAUAUUGGUACGCGAGAGGGAUCUGCCUUUUGUGAUGCACACGCUGGCAGCAGAAUUUACUAUAUUGCAAGUAGUGAACGGAGAGACUGUAGCUGCUGAUAAUCGUGGAGUGACGAAUGGAUUUGUGAAACCCAAGCUUGUUCAAAGACCAGUUAUUCAUCCACUUUCCAGUCCCAGCAAUAUGUUCUGUGUUACCAGUCUGGAUCCUUAUACACUCCCAAGUGUGACUACACUCCUAAUGGAUGUUAUGUUUUACUCCAAUGGAGUAAAAGAUUCGGUGGUAGGCAGUGAGGAAUCUGGUCACAUCCGGUUCUUCUCCUUCUCCCUCAUUGAGGGCUACAUUUCUUUGGUGAUGGAUGUACAGACGCAGCAGAGGUUUCCUAAUAAUUUGCUGUUUACAAGUGCGUCAGGCGAGCUCUGGAAGAUGGUUCGUAUUGGCGGACAACCUCUUGGUUUUGAUGAAUGUGGGAUUGUUGCCCAAAUCUCAGAGCCUUUAGCUGCUGCUGACAUCCCUGCCUAUUAUAUCAGUACAUUUAAGUUUGAUCAUGCACUGGUACCUGAAGAAAACAUUAAUGGUGUCAUUAAUGCUCUACAAGUCAGCCAAGCAGAGAAGCAUUAGAGGUCCUCUGGCUGGUGGCUCCUUUUUAUUCUCUGUGCAGUAUUUUGAGACAAGGUGAAUCUCUAGAGGUGCCAUGAAGGACAAGAGACACUGAAAUGGAGAUGAACACGAAAAUCUCCAGCAAUUUUUUAUUUUUUUUCCUUUUAUUCACAUAUUGGUUUUCUUUUGUUAGUUUCCAAAGUGAUCUGUAACCUUCCUGCUAACUUGUUAUGGGGGUGGGGGGGGGGGAAGAAAAAAGAAAAAAAAAAAGAAAAAAUAGAAUUUCACAGUUGCAAUUAGUUAUUACUGAGAUGCAGUGAAGCCUUGGUUGUAUAUAUAUGAUCUGCACCUUAUAGAUGUGUUAAUGUUUCAUUCGGGAGCAUCUUUCUGGAAAGUUUUGCAAGCUUAAAAAUGAAUGAACAUCACACAAUGGUGAAGAAUAUUGCACUGUAUUCAUCUAUACUACUUCAAAUGACAUCAGACUUGCAUAAAGAUUGUAAUCCCACAACUAAGUACUACAUAUUUUAGUAGGUCUCAUGCUUCUAAUCCUUGCCAACUCUUGAGAGCAAUAGUUUUCCGGCUCCUCCUGCUUGGGACACGGAUUGAAGUUGUUGGGUGGAAUGGAUGACCUACAUCAGCUGAUCUCACUGCAGUUUCCAUGUAGAGAUGAAAGAGGGAGUGUUGGCAGCUUUGUAUAGUUCCAUGCACCUUUAUUCUGCUUUUACCCCCCUUUUUGUUUCUAUGCAUGGUGAGCUGUGCUUUUGUAGUGAAUAUGCUAGCCAAAAGAGCCUUUUAGAGCUUUUCAAUUGUUGGACUAUGACCAUGUAAAUCAUGCAAGCAACAUCAUUCUUUUGGCCUUGCUUUCAAAGCCGCCACUGCGGCCAAACAAAUGCAUCUUUGUAAAAGAAAAAAAAAAGUAGUCAUGACUAAGCAAUUCAUAAACUAAUUUCUUUCAACUAUACAGUAAGAAAAUAAUAAUAAAAAAUACAAUCCCCUUCCCCGCCCCGCAUGACUAAUGUGGAUCCUCACUCGUAACUAUGUUUGUCCUAAACCUCUACGGUCACGGUUACACAGCAAACACUAAACCGAACCCUUAGUUGAUAAUUGUAUUUUGUGCGAAUACCUGCAUUGAAUCUCUUGCACUAUACACUUAAAUAUUUCCUAAAGACUGAAUUGUGACUAUGAUUAAUUAUGGUAGCAAACAAAUUUCUGAAAAUUCAUGGGAAAUCAAGUUAGUGGAAUUUACAUUAUUUGCUAUGAUUUGGUGCAAUUGGCAGGUUUAAAGCACAUCAACACCUCCUCUUAGUGAAGGCAAGCACAUUGUAGGCUAUAAGCCUGACUGGUUCAUCACCAAAAUGUGCUGACACAAUGGCUGACUUCAUUGUGCGGAGGUGACAAGUAUAUUUUAAAUACAAAUGUGGCCUAAUAGAUGUGUAUGCAAUAGCAGUUUGCACAACUUUAGAAAUUGUUAAAUAUUUUUUUUCUUGCCAUAAGAUAUCAUUAAUGUUUAUCACUCAGAAUUCAUCAGGGUAAUGAACUGUUAGGUCAAGAAUUUGGACUGGAAUUUGGACUGAUAUUUCAUACUUUGUAUUAUAGUGUAUAAUUCAUUCAGCUUCACUGAUUGUAGCCAUUUGUUACUGUUCCUGGGCAGCUUACCCCACCAUAUGUCUCACCUGCACUCCUUUCCUUAGCAGCUGUUUUCAACAACCGUAGUGAUCAUUUUAUAAAAAUAAUUAACAGUUUGCAUAUUCACACAUAUUUUAACAAUAUUUAUUUGUUAGACAUAUCCUGCCAGUUCCAGAUUCUUUUAUUUUUAUUCAAUAGGUCUGAAUUGUACUUAACCUUUUAUAGUAUCAGGCAGAAGCUCUAAUUACUUCAUCAUAUCAGCGUAACAGAAAGUGUGAUGAUAAUACAGUGGACGUAAUCUUUGGUACUCAACAUUGCUGUUCUCCUCUUGACAUUCUUUGUAUGUGUGUGUGUAUGUAUAUAUAUAUAUAUUCUAUACACAUACAUAUACAAUGUUGUUUAUGCAUACGCACAUGCUGUUAGUGCAAAUUCAGAUAUGUAUUGAGGCCUGCAGACAAAACAAAAAUUGUAGAAAGACAUUCUUGUGAUCACAAAUAAAUUACCAAUCUCAUCCAUCUUAAACACACUCAAUAAUUAGAGUAAAUAUCUAGACAUAAUCAAAAUGCUUUCAAAAUUACCCCCCCCCCCUCCCCCAAAUUUUACAGACCAACCACUAAACUGUUUAUUUUCCUAAUGAUACCCUAUACAAAGACAUAAUGGGACUUUAAUUCUGCUCUUAAUGUUGCCUGCACAAGAGAAUGCAUAUACUAGACAUGCCAUUAAAUGAUCUGUUUGUUCAAGAUAUGAGAAUACUCGGGGUAUAGUCUACUACAGGGAAUGAAAUCUUGUUUCAUUGUUUCACCAUUUCAAUGGUAGAAGAGGGCAGUCACAUUUGUAGAGUCCAUGUGAGACAGAAUGUACAAUUAAUAUCAGUCACUUGCAGGAAUGAAGCCUUAAGCUGUUCGUCUGAUCAUCAACCCUAGAGCUUAAAUGUUAGAUAUUAAUUAUACAGGUAUCUGACACCAUUUCCUUUUGCCUAGAUUAGGAUAAAACGAAGCUUCAAAAACUGUUAAGGAAAAAAAAGUUGGAGAACAAAUGAAAGAAACUAUUUUUUUUGAUCGAAUUAUCAGAGUUUUGUCAUUAAAUUCUAAUAGUUACUUUUAUUUUGAAGUGUCUGUAUAGUUACUCAACAUUUUAAUGUUAUUCUAUACAUCUUUAUUCUUUAGAGAAGUAGAACAUUCUGAAUAUAUAGUGUAUAAAAGGAGCAGUGACAAUUACUGACGCACUGCACAUUAGCGUGUCAGUAAUUACAUAGAUGUACAAUAUACAGUAUAGGACCAUCCAGGGUAUUGGCAGCAGUGACAGAGAAUGACCUUCUGUCUCCCUUUUACCGACCUCCCAGCACUGCUGUGACUUUUGCACAUUCUCUGCAGCGCAUAGCUGGCUCGCAGGCAAGUAAUGGGGAUUCUACCCAACAAUGUCUGAGCAAGGUUCAGUUAAAUAACCAUCAUCACCGCCUCCUCCCUUUACCAAGAACCCCUAUUAGUGCAUAAUGUCAGGAUCUCCUCAUACAAUUAUUUUAUUUUAUUUUUAUUACAAUUGGUAAAUCUACCUGUCAAGUGCAAUACAAUGCGGUUCCCUGGAAAAAUUGACUUUACAUAAAAUAUUUGUACAGAAUUUGUGUAUACAAAUGUUUAAUGACCGUGACUGAAAAAACAACAAGAUGAAUAUUUUAUUAGAGCCAAAGAUAUAUUCUGGACUGUAAGUGCUCACAGUUUAUGCACAGGACAAAUGUCCUCCCUUCGCUAAAAUCAUCUGCUGUACCAAAUUUGUUUAGCUUCAUAUAUUAAUGUUUUGUUACUUUGUGAUUUAUAUUAAUCACAAUAUUUUAAACUGCGAAAAAGCACAAAUCUGUAAAACAUUGUUUGAAUUGAAAAUAAUCGUAAACAAAUGAGUCCUCUAUGUCCAGCAUUUAUAUGAGGAAAUCCUGAAACAAUGAGCCAGGGGGAGUAUUUGUAAAUAUAGAUUACAAUGCAAUACACUAAUUCUCCAACAGUAGUAUUUUUACAUCUGCUUUUUGUGACACUUAGUAUACACUUGUAGGGCUACACAUGAUGGAGGCAACCAUUGGAAUGGGUUUACAUACUGUAUGUGAGUUAGACAGUGGCCAGGAUCCCAACGCAGUUGUGAUGCUACAUAAAGCAUUUUAGCUGUGCAGGCACUCUAACUUUAAACGUGUCACUUUACCAGCGCGUUUAAAGUUAUAAUGCCCCCACGGUUAAAAUUCUGUAAGUAGCAUCACAACUGUGCAGCGAUACUGGCGCUGCCAUUUUGGUUUCAACGUAGUCACUGUUGACAAAGUGACUGAUUAUAUACUGUGGGAUGAACCAUUUUUAAUGAGAUCGUGACUUAUUAAUUCAUUAGAUUACACUGACAUCCUUAGUCCCUUGUAAUGCAACUGGAUGAACGCUGCCUCUGUUGUAUUGAAGAGACAGUAACACUUUAUAAAGAUUUGAGAUUGCAUACUUGCCAACUCUCCCGGAUCAUCUGGGAGACUCCUGAAAAUAGGAUGGGCAAGUCUCCUGGAGCCGCCCCCACCCACCGAAGUGGGCUGUACAGGCAGACGAUGAUGCGAUUCACGUUGAAUUAUGUCAUCAUGGCCCUGCCCACCUGCUUCACAAUGCCGGUAAUAGAGGUAUUGUAUAGCACGGGUGGGGCCACAAAGUAAUUGCAUCAUCACCCCCCCCCCCCCACCCCCCAAGUACCAUCCUCCUCUGCGGCGCCACAUCCCUUGUAAUAUCGACCUGGCAGUCCCCUCCUGCAGAGGCCAGACCAAAGGUCAGCAAGUAUGCUGAUAAUGUAUACGCUUAUACAGUCCUCCAAUGAGCACAGCUAGCAGAGUGCAUGCCUUGAAAUAAGCCCAGAAUAAAAUGCCAUAUGAUACAUAUGGCUCUGCAGCACUUCAUAUGGUGUAUCUUCUUGCUCUGCCAAAGACUUGCUCUUAGUAAAGUUGUGUAGGUUAUUGUGGAUGACUUAUUAGCAUUGGUGCACCAGCAAGCAGUUUAUUCUUAUCUAGUGUUGCUGCCUGGAAGGACCAUGAACUAGGGAUUACUUGAAUCUGGCAGCAACCAUUGUGAGCCUUACUGGAAUGAAAAAGAGUUAUUCUAACUUUUAUUUUUGUAAACAUUGCACUCAGGCCAUUUGUUGAUACAGAAUGUAUGGUGUGUGCUUCUGUUUUUAAAGAUGAUGCCUUUUUUUAGUCCAUGUUAUUAAAUCUGAGAAGUAGGCCAUCAGCUCUUAAUAGAAGAACGAUAAGAGUUAAUUUCUUCCCACCAGCACUACUGGAGUUAAACAUUGGCCAAAGUGUCAUGUCUCCCAGUAACCGUACAUAUUAGCCACCAGGAAGUGACAAUCCUGGGGAAAGGAUAUAUAUGAGGUUCUCUAGCUAAAGCAAAAACAAAUGAAGUACCGUUGAUUGCUAAAAUAAUGUAAGUCGUGUAUAUCUGGACAGGUCGCUUGUGCAUAAACUACUAUGUAUUCUCUACCCGCAGUACAUACUUAAUGUUUUGUAGUAGGUGGAAAUCCCCAUUUCAUUUUGAGGGCCUUUUUUUCUGAUCCUGGUAGCAUAGAACAGAUGAUUUAAUUUGGGAUACAGGCAUUUGUGAAUGAAAUGCCGUUUACAUGAUCUAGCUCUCUGCUACAUUAGAGCUACAUUGGGUCUGUAACACUAAAAUGUCUGCGUUGCAGCUUCCUCCCCUCAUCCUUGAGUAAAAUAGAAGGUGGUUUGCCAUGAUACUACUAUAAGAAACCCAAUUACAGAUUUAUUGAUUGAGUUUCAACAAUCUCUUAGUAAGUGUCCACGUUGUCUUGGUGUAUUUAAGUAUGUUCACACUAAAGUAUCUAAACUUGCAAUAGUUUCAGAAGCUUACUAAUAUUGUACAUUAGAUUCCCAUAGCAAUAUGCAUCACAGGCUGUUCCAAUUUGUAAAUCAGCCAUAUGCCUAGGAUGCAUUGAGAAGGCAAUGCUCAAUAGCUCUAGCUAAUCACACUAGCUAUAUCCAUUAAUAGUGAAUUUCUAAUAUUUUUCUUAUCAUACUGGCUUUAUGUACUUCUACCUACCGUAAUAACCCAGCACAUGGAGUAAUGGUGGAAAGGCUCUUUAGGUGCAUUGCCCAGGAGAACCUCAGGGGUACCUAUGCUGUAAAACCAGUCAGGGCGACACGAUACUGUAGUGUUGUUACUUGUUUAGUUUUACGCAUUGUUUGUUGCGUUUAUUGGCGGUUUUUUAAGCUAUUGAUUGAAAUGUUUUUCUUGCAGUACUGUGAAAGGAGAGAGCCAGAAUUGAAGCCAUGCAGGUGUCAGGUGAUAGGGAAUGUGCAGAAAUAAAAUGAGUAUUUUUAAAAAUAUAUAUUAGGGAAAUGGAUUUGUCUGUUAUUGGUUAUAAACUGGCCCAGCACUGAAUAAAAUAGAUUCAUAUGGGCUUCAUGGUUCAAGAAUUAAUAUUGCUAAAAUAGAAGUGGAUCCUUAAUGAGAACACUUUAUCAUUAACCAACAAGAUGCACACGUGGGAUGCAGUAAAAAUCCCGCCCGUGGGGAUCCCAACUGUCAGAAUACCGACGGAUCUUGGAGGUAAGUACGGGGGUUGUAGUUAGGCUGUGGGAGUGGAGGAGGUUAUGGUUCGGUUGUAGGUGGGGUGGCUUUAGGGGUAGGGUGUAAAUACCAGGCUCCAUCGGGAUACCCAACCCGUUUUGUAGGCAUCUAUCUUUAUACCAUUCUGAGCAGCCUCUUUCACUUUAUUCAACUGACACUUGAAAGGACUCUCUAAGACAUAGAAUGUGACUGUACUGAUAACUUAUGUUGUUAAACUUCUUUAAAAAAAAUUACAUUUUCAAAUAAGUUGUCAUGACUUAGAAACUGUUGAAUAAUAUUUAUAACAAAUAGUAAGCUUAUUUAAUAACACAAUGCAGUGCUUUAACCCAUAGAAUCCGAUUGCUGUGAUUUUAUUAAGGUGUGCUUGAUUAGGGUGUCAGUCCUAUACACUUACAUGUUCCAACUUUUAGUGGGAGAGGCUAGAGCAACCUGUAACAAUCAGUGAAUUGGAAUGAGUACUACAACACAUAAGGGGAAGUAUGGUCAUUUUGCGAUGGGGCAAUGUCCUGUCCAGUUGUGUGAUUGUAAGGAUGCAGUUUACCCAACAGUUCUGUAGAGUGACACCAAGUUCCUGAUGCUGGAAGAUUGCAAUAUCAAACACAUCCUUACAUGAAGCACAGUUCGUAAUAACAACUUUUUAGUUGUGUUUAUAUCAAAAUGAAGGUGCUCGGUUGUUAUGGGUUACAGCACAUUUGCACACAUUGCACUAUGUUAUUGAAUGUCAUAUCAUGUUUAAUUUAGGAGCCUCUUCUAUUUGAACUAGAUUUGCUUUCAUUAAUAGGCAACUAAAUAUGUUUACUUAAUUAUCCGUGAUCUUAUUGCAGUGCGAUAUUUUGUAUCCUCUUAUGACUAUUGAGCAUACAGCUAGUGUGCUUGAUCAUUUCAAUUUAUGUUGUUUUGCCUUUGUCUGUGUUACUUUUGUGUUUACUAUACAUAUCUGCUGGAAACCCUUUAAUAGUAUUAGAGAUAAUUGGUAGCCAAUGCUGAAACGGAUAACUUGCGGUGGUCAUUACAUUAUAAAAAUUGAGUCAAAAUGGCAUGUUACCAUGAAUUUGAAAAUCAGUAUUUGCUUGAAAGUGUGCACGCUAUCUACACUAGAGGCGGACAUUUUGUGGACUGUGCCAGUAUUCAGAAGAAAGCAGCUUUUUAAUUUACUAUAUUGAAAUAAGUGCAUCAACAAGCACUGGUGAAAUUCAUUUUGUGCCUCAUGUCUUAGUAAAGUCACUAGAGAAUGGAUGGGAAUAAAAUAGGUUUAGUCCACAAAAUGACUACCUACGCCUUGUGCAAUGGUUGGGUCCACUUUCACUAGAGCUCAAAGGAAGUACAUGCUUAUUAUGACUGGAUAAUCACAGAUUUGUGUGUCCUGCAUCGUCGGAAAUAUCAAACUCCAUGUAACAAGCUAAUAUAUUUCUUUGUUUCUGUACACUUUCCAAAUAAUUUUCACACUCCAUUUUAAAUUGUUACCCUGUAAAAAUCUUACUUUGGUGUUAAUUUGCACAAGGCACAAGUCAUCCAAAGAAAAUAAGUAUUACUUUUAUUAUAAAAGAAAAGAAAGUCUUUUCUCAUUACUUUGCUCAUUUCUUAGUAUUGGUGCCUUUCUCAUACCUCUGUUUUGAAAUUGUGUUUUUAUUGAUUAUUAUACCCUUGGACUUAGUCUCAUUGUGUAGAAUUUGGGAAUGAAUAGAUAAAAACAAAUUAUUUUACUUCAUGCUUGAAUGAC